AUCUAUCUCUUCUUUUAUCAUCAAAAGAAUCCAUUGAACUGCGAUGGAUAGUGCUCUCAAAUUCAACUGGUUUCCUUACUCUCGCGCAGCCCCCUAGUGGGCCUGCCCGAAAAUGAUGGACCUUGGUGGGCGAUUUUUCGCCCGUCUGGCGCCAGGCGCACUCUUCCUCGGUCGGAUGACCGCUGAGGGCGCGAAGGUGACACGAACUGCCUUGCUUUCAAGACAAGAGAAAGCAGCUCACAACGCGAGAUCAAAAGCAAAGAAUAUGUCACGAUUGCGAUCUAGAGGCAAAGCACAAGCACCGCUUGCAGACAGCGUGAAGCACCUUGAGGAGACACGGGAAAUGAGCCGCUGGCCGUAUUUGGACUCGCUAAGACCAAGCGCGCCCAUGGACUCACUCGGGGAUCCAGUGAGCCCAAAUAGCAUUGCGGGAAUGUGGCAAAAUGCACAAGUUUUUCCUCCUUACAUGUACCCGGAGCCCUUUCCGAAUGACGGGAACAACAAGGGCCAUUAUGUUGAGAAUUGAAAUAUGGUGUUGUUCUUGGCUAGUAGAGUUGUACAUGCAACUGACUAGAAUUAUUCAUCGUACUUGUAGUGAUGACCAUGAACUGAUUUUAUAAUGCAAAUAAAGUGCUGUUGUAGAGGAACUGAGCGCCUAUAAUUGCACUCACGGGGUGCCUAGUUUGGUAUUGGUUACCCCGCUCUCCCAAUGCAAAUUUUACUACCUCGAAUUCUUUUCAUUCGCGAGACGACACAGAUGCCUUUGCGAAAAACACGAUGUACACUAAAAGGGUCCCAAAGGUUAUUCGGUACCAGAAAGGAGGCCAUCAAGUGCUCGACUACGACGUUGAGCCCGCAGAUGGAACCUGGCCAAACGGGGAUGUCCUCAGCCCAAAAGUCAGCGACCAGUCCAUCGGGGCAGGUGGCCAGAAUGCAGGUAUUGUUUGUACUGCAGUGCUUACCCACAAUUUUUCAAUAAGUUGUACUUACCUUUGUUGAUGUAAACCAGUAUUUGUGAUAGUCAUUGAAGCAUCAAAACAUUUUUAUCUACAAUCCACCGCAGGUGGUGUGAAGUCAACAGUGAUAACUGGACCGGCUGAACGUAUACCCUGGGACCAGAUUCCCAUUUUGCCGGCGACGGAGCACUCAACGAAGAACUGGGAAAACUGGAUGGUUAUGCGAAGGAAAACUGAGUAAAGAUAUUGGAAAUCAUGGUAGAACUGAUCGAUGGAUCCGAGUUGUGUUUAGUAUACAGUAUUAACGUAUUUAUGUUGUCUUAGUGUCUGUGUUAGUGAUAGAUUAGAUUUAGAGACUCAACAUUGUUCACAUUUGUCGGACUUCCCAUGGCACCUUCUAAGCAAAGUAAGUUGGACUAUAUUCCACAUGCUGUAGCGGAAUACUUGGACCAGGUGCAUGACGCGGAGCGAAGCUGCGAAUACGACACUUUCCGAGGUGAGUGCGUCACACGUGAUUGCCCCAGUAACAAGCCGGCUCUCACCCUCGUUAUCGGAAACGUCAAAUACGAUAACGUCGAACUCCUAGAAAAAGGAGUGGAUGGCUUUUUCAAAGUGAAGGUAUAAUUGUGGAGUUGGUCUAGAUGUUUUGAAAUCUACCUGUACGCUCGUUUUCUGAUGUUACUUAGUUUCAUCUGGUACUUUUCUCUUUGUUGACCAUGACACUUAUUAUAACUAUACUAGACCUAGAAAAGAACAGGUAGUAAGUACUAAAACAUCUUCAAACUCAGAUAUCGGCCGGUCUAGUGCAAGGCGGGAAGGACUGCAGCGAAGAUGGAUGUACAUUGCUGCGCCAGUGUUAUCACGGUAAAGCGGGUCCUUAUGACCAAGAGGGAUGUAGUGAAAUCACGACGCAUGCAAAAUUCGAUCCCUUUGACUCGCUGGAACACCGAUUUGAGUGUCCGGACUACCAUGAGCGCUGCUCCACCCUCGUCCAGAUGGUUCCAACGGGAGCGCUGAAAGAUCACGCUGGGAAAUCGUGCGUCUGACGAGGAAGAAAAUGGCGAAACAGACUACUGACAGAAGACGCACAAUGAAUGUGUAGGAAAGUACUCUGGGUCGGCGAGGAACAUUCUUGCAAUGCGCAAGAAGGAUGAGCAACCAUGAUGAAGCAUAGGUUUUGACACGAAGUACUCCAAUAGGUUCGUUGAAUUUAUAGCCUGCAUAGGCGGAGGCUUCCAAGGAAAUUAUGCGUCAUUCCUUACCGGAUUUCGAACGCGGUCUCUUUUUUUCCUACCUGUCUGGUCUCGCAACGGGACUGACAUGAUGGGGCAUACAGCGUUGAUUUCAUUUACUCUUUCAGGUGAAAAGCAUUUAUGUAUAUGUCUGUGCAUGAGAAACG